AUGCUGUUUAAUUUGAGGAUCCUGUUGAACAAUGCAGCUCUUAGAAAUGGUCAGAGGUUUGUGGUUCGAAAUUUUCGAUGUGGCCAACCAUUACAAAAUAAAGUACAGCUGAAGGGUCGUGACCUUCUCACUCUAAAGAACUUUACAGGAGAAGAAAUUAAGUAUAUGCUAUGGCUAUCAGCGGAUCUGAAAUUUAGGAUAAAACAGAAAGGAGAGUAUUUGCCUUUAUUACAAGGGAAAUCUUUAGGCAUGAUUUUUGAAAAAAGAAGUACUCGAACAAGAUUGUCAACAGAAACAGGCUUUGCACUUUUGGGAGGACACCCUUGUUUUCUUACCACACAAGACAUUCACUUGGGUGUGAAUGAAAGUCUCACGGACACAGCCCGUGUCUUAUCUAGCAUGACAGAUGCAGUGUUGGCUCGAGUGUAUAAACAAUCAGAUCUGGACAUCCUGGCUAAAGAAGCAUCCAUUCCCAUCGUCAAUGGGCUGUCAGAUUUGUACCAUCCUAUCCAGAUCCUGGCUGACUACCUCACGCUCCAGGAACACUAUGGCUCUCUGAAAGGCCUUACCCUUAGCUGGAUUGGGGACGGGAACAACAUCCUGCACUCCAUAAUGAUGAGCGCAGCCAAAUUCGGAAUGCACAUCCAGGCAGCUACUCCAAAGGGUUAUGAACCAGAUCCCAGUAUAAUCAAGUUGGCAGAGCAGUAUGCCAAGGAGAACAGUACCAAGCUGUCGCUGACGAAUGAUCCAUUGGAAGCGGCUCGUGGAGGAAAUGUAUUAAUUACAGAUACUUGGAUAAGUAUGGGACAAGAAGAGGAGAAGAAAAAGCGGCUCCAGGCUUUCAAAGGUUACCAGGUUACAAUGAAGACUGCUGAAGUUGCUGCCUCUGACUGGACAUUUUUACACUGCUUGCCCAGAAAGCCAGAAGAAGUGGAUGAUGAAGUGUUUUAUUCUCCACGAUCACUAGUAUUCCCAGAGGCUGAAAACAGAAAGUGGACAAUCAUGGCUGUCAUGGUGUCCCUGCUGACAGAUUAUUCACCUCAGCUCCAGAAGCCAAAGUUUUAAUGCUGUGAUACUUGUCAAGAGAGAACCGAUGUUCUUCAGUAACAGAAUGAGUCUUUUAUGGGGGAAGGAGAAGAGAAUCCAAGAGAAAUAAACAAAUCGUGAUACAUGGAAUAGGUGAACAAUAUGAUAUUGUUUUGCCAUUGUGAAACUUUUGUAAAGCCCUUAAAUUAAGUAUUGAUGCACUGUAAUACAUUGCUUGACUUAAUCAAUGCUCUAAUUCAAAAUUUCUGAGUUACAUUUAGGUAUCAUGUUAAUAACCACAUACAUUUGCCUCAACUAAACAUAAAAUACUGUGUUUAUAAUGCAUAAUGUCUAAGCCAUUAAAUGUAAUCUAUGCUUAUUACCUUAAUAAAUUAUCACCCAUGCUAAUUUAUAAGUAAACAUUUACCAGGCAGUCAGCUGCUGGUAGAUCUGUGGGCUAUGCUCAUAUCCCUCAGCACUAACAAAGAAGCCAAAUGAUUCAUCUUACCGACAUAUUGCAAUCUGCAGGCAAAUGAGGUAGACAGGCAUUCGUUUAUGAAGGCAGAUGAGGAAAUUCUUAGAAAACAGCUAUAACUAUGCCCAAACUCUGGAGUUUUUUCCAGUGAUUUGUGGGAAGGAGGGUCCUUCUAGAGCACACAUCUCUUUUCUGCAACGAAUACUUAACGUUACAAUGCUAAGGAAACAUUUGUGAACAGUGGUAAAACCAUGGAUACCUAGCUGGGAAUGUAAGAUCCAUUAGAGUGAGUGACAUUUUCAUAGGUUCAAAUUCUUUAGCAGGAGCAAUUUAAUUUUUUUUUCAUGUUUGUGCUUAUCAUUCAUCUACUCCCACCACACACUGGGUAUUUCCAUAAAUCCACUAUUUGUCAUAUUUUAGCCCAGUUUUCUCCAGUUUUUCUUCAGAAUAAUAAAAUUUGCAUUACUGGAUUAUUAUAAUAUAAUUAAAGCUAGAUGUCUCUUGUGGGUGACUAAAUUUUGAAAUGUUGAAUUAUUAUGAUAUAAUUUGAAAUUUUUUACUUAAAAAUUUAAGGAACAUAAAUGAAACUCAAAAAUAAUGUAUUUUACAGAGGAUAAAAAAGUAACUACCUUUAUAUUCUACCUCCCCCAUUAGAAGAAUGCUUUCAGGCUGGUUGACUGAUAUUUUCAGCAGAUAUCUAUGACUUAAAUGAGUGACUUAGAGAUGAAUUACAAAUUAAAUUUGCAAUGCAGAUUAAAUAAAACAUAUUUUGUAGGGGGAAAGGCUCAUAAUGUUACAGAAGAAAAAUAAUUUUUUUCUAGUAAAUAUCAAAUGUGAUGUUCGUGUCUAUGAUAGUUUAUAAGAAAAAAAAGAGUAGAGUUUAGUGGACUAUCUUUUUUCAGCAGAGGGUAUAGGAAUGAUUUAACAAGAGGGUGUCAUGUGGAUUGUUGAGACUCUCCCUCAAAUUGCCUAAAUGUAAAGAACAUAAUCCUGAGUAUUCUUCCACUUUCUAAGUGGUCCCCCAUGGUAACAAGCUCUCAUCUCUUUGCUAGUUAUCAUUUGAAUCAAAUGAAAGGUAUAAUCUCAGUCCCUCAAUAAUAAGGAACUUAUAAACAUUUUCUUGCCAAUAUGCAGUCACUUUACCUUCAAAAAGCCCAAAGCUUCCAUUUUUUAAUGUACACACAAUUUAAUAUCUUGCUCAAACCAAAUCUGUAGAAAUUUACUUGCUUUCUUAAUUUUUUAUCUUAAGAAGAUUUUAGUUAUAUUAUCAGGAAUAAAGAAACCAGGAAAGGAAAAGUUAGCCUUAUUUUUCCCCCAAACUAUUUUUAUUUCCUAUUUAUCUUUACCCUUGCCUCCCUCAUUCCCUUUUCUAUGUAACUACUGCAACAAAAAAGAUGAAGAAAAACUCCAGGAAUAACCUUUGGGUAUCUGGUAUACACAAUAGAUCCUACCCAUUUUAUUAAUAUAACUAGUCAAAGAGAGCCUUUCUUCUAGGCUUUCUCUACUGUAACAUUGGAAGUUAAAACAUCAAGAUAUUACACUGCAAUAAUUUCAAUGUCACGGAAGAUCAUCAGUUGUUUGGGUUUUUUUUCCCCAGUGAUAAGUUUCUAAUCAGAUAUUCCUAAUGGAUUUAUGCUAAUGACUUGACUAUUGUAAGAUCCUUAGGCAGAAAUAUGUGCACAGACUAACAUGGCAAUACUACAUUAGACCUCAUAUGCAAGCAACACUAAAACCUCAGUUAAAAUGGCAGGACCCCUGCAACUAAUACAAAAGUUCCAAUGCAAAACUUCUCAUGUGAUAAAAAUGAUGAAUGCAUACAGAGAGGGUAUCCAUAACACAUUCUUUUGGGAGCCUUUUUGUCUUGAAAUCUCUCAUCAAUGUCUAGAAUCUGGACUCUAGAUUUUGGAGAUGGCUGAGCAUGUCUUGAGACAUGGCACCACUCAGCAAUUUUGUAAGACUGAUAUCUUUUGACAAAUAUGAAAGGCCAUAUCAAAGAUUUAGAAAACAGUUGUCACAGUGAUCAGAUUCCUACAACCAGGAACACUAGAUACUGACAUACAAGUUGUGCUCUGUGCAAAGGUCUCAAGUGAAAAGUGUAAGGGUUGAAACAUGGUCUGUACUUCAGUUACCAAGUCUUGUGCUUCCUUACAGGCCUUACAGCCAGAGGAAGGAGUGAUUUUUUUGUAAGUUGUGCACCCAGAGGGAACAAUUUUCAGUAUUUCAUAAGCUUGAAUAGAUGCGUUGUUUUAAGUCACACAAAGGGCCAGUAUCUGGCCCUACCAUCAACUUUUUAUUUAAAUCGUCACCUGAGAA